CCCCCAUUGUCGUCUGAACUUUUGGCGCAUCAAUUCACACUCACACCCCUCCUUUUUCUCUUAUAACAGAUCAGAUCUGAGAUCAAGGCUUUUAUAGAUCCGAAAAAGAAAAAGAUGAAUCUAUCCCAUUAACAGAUUGAUCAAAGCUUUGAUACUUCACACAAACAGCCAUGUCAAGAAGGCCAGGAAAUCCCGCAAGGCGCUUUGUGGGUAGCGGAAACAAUCCACUAGGGGGCAUUUUUCAUCCAAAAUCACGACCUUCUCCUCUCUUAUCCAUCGUGCUUGUCUUACUAGGAACCGUCCUUGUGAUUGGCUAUGUUUAUAAGGGUACAGGUGAAUCUGGAUCCUAUAAAGCAUUUAGCAAGAUUCAAGAUAACUUUGGCUGCACAUUUGAUGUUCAUACUGCAAUACCCAUUUUAAAGAAAACGUAUGGUGACAGCAUGCAUAGAGUAUUGCACGUUGGGCCCGAUGCUUGCUCUGUGGUCUCUCGAUUGACCAAAGAAGCAAACACUGAAGCAUGGGGUGUGGAACCGUAUGAUAUUGAGGAUGCUGAUAUCUCUUGCAGAAGUCUCGUGCACAAGGGGCUAGUACGUGUUGCGGACAUCAAGUUUCCUUUGCCAUAUAGGGCUAAAUCGUUCUCUUUGAUCAUAGUUUCAGAUUCGGUCGAUUAUCUAUCUCCAAAGUACCUCAACAAAACCCUUCCUGAUUUGGCAAGAGUUUCUGCUCAAAAUCUUGUUAUAUUCACAGGUAAACCUAGUAAUUCAAAAGUGAAACUCCAACAAGCAUCAAGAUUUGGACGCCCCGCUAAAAUGCGGAGCGCGAGUUGGUGGGCGAGGUUUUUCGUUCAAACAAGCCUCGAGGAGAACGAAGCAGCAGCAAAGAAGUUUGAGCAGGCCGCUUCCAAGAGCUCGUUCAAGCCAAAAUGCCAAAUUUUCCACCUCAAUUCGUACCAUUGAUGGCGAGAUACCGACAAUUCGUAAUCAAUUUUCACCGCCGGAGAAGAAGACUCCGGUUGGCAUAUAGAUAUAGAUGUGUUGUUCUUGGCUCAAUUUUGAGGAAGAUGUUGAUUCCAUCACCACCCUUUAUGUUGUUAUUUUACACCAAUUCAUCAAAAUUUGAUGGCCCAAUUCAAUAGUUGUACACCUAUUUUCAUUUGAAGACAGAUAUCAAGCUAUAUUAUAUUAUGAUAGAA